AUGAGCUGUGAAAGUGAGCAGGGAUCCACAGUUGUGGAACGGGAACUUCAGCAAAGCCUGUGUGCCAGGCACGGGCAAAGUAAUAGCUCUGUCAUUCGAUCAAAUUCCCCAACAACAACAUCUCAGAUUAUGGCCAGAAAGAAAAGAAGAGGGAUUAUAGAGAAAAGGCGCCGGGACCGUAUAAAUAACAGUUUAUCAGAGCUGAGGCGGCUUGUGCCAACUGCUUUUGAAAAACAAGGAUCUGCCAAAUUAGAAAAAGCGGAAAUACUGCAAAUGACAGUGGAUCAUCUGAAGAUGCUGCAGGCGACGGGAGGUAAAGGUUAUUUUGACGCUCAUUCCCUGGCCAUGGAUUUCAUGAGCAUUGGCUUCCGGGAGUGCUUGACGGAGGUUGCGAGGUACCUGACUUCGGUGGAAGGUCUCGACACGUCCGACCCCCUGCGCGUUAGACUCGUGUCUCACCUGAGCACCUGUGCCUCUCAGAGGGAAGCUGCUGCCAUGACCUCCUCCAUGGCCCAAAACCACCACCCCUUGCACCCUCACCACUGGGCAGCCGCCUUUCACCACCUCCCAGCCGCUUUGCUGCAGCCGAACGGACUCCAUGCCUCCGAGGCCACCCCGUGCAGACUCUCCUCGGACGUACCCCCGCACCACGGCUCUGCCCUGCUCACCGCCACCUUCGCCCACGCCGACGCCGCCCUCAGAGAC